AUGUCUCCUGACGCUUCCGCUUUCUGGUCAAAGGCCAACAGGUAUUUGAUGAAGACAGGCCUAACGUUCUCGCCGGCGGUGAUCACAAAAGCACAAGGAUGUCAUAUAUACGACCUUGAAGGAAGAAAGAUAAUCGACUUCACUUCGGGUCAAAUGAGCUCCCUACUCGGCCAUUCGCAUCCAGAGAUUGUCCAAGUCGUACAGAAAUAUGCGGCGGAACUGGACCAUCUUCUGAGUAACAUGAUAUCGCCUCCUGUCGUUGACCUUGCCGAACGUCUCGCUCGGUUGCUUCCGCCGUCUCUUGAGAAAUCCUUCUUUCUUAAUACUGGAGGCGAGUCAAUUGAAGCAGCCAUCAAAAUAGCAAAGUGCUAUACACGCAAGUUCGAAAUUGUUGCCUUUUCCGCGAGUUAUCAUGGCCUGACGCAGGGUGCUGUAUCAGCCACAUACUCGGUGGGCCGCAAAUAUGGUGGUCCAGUUGCGCCUGGCCAGCUUUCCUUUCCUGCGCCUUAUGCUUACCGUUCACCCUUCCGCAAACCGGAUGGUUCGUACGAUUGGGAGACCGAGAUGGACUAUGGAUGGUCUAUGAUUGAUAGACAAACUGUGGGUUCCUUGGCCGCUUUUGUGAUGGAGCCCAUCCUGUCCACAGGUGGCAUCCUUGAGCUCCCGAAGGGCUAUCUCUCGAGGAUGAGCCACGAGUGCAAAAAGAGGGGGAUGCUUGUCAUCAUGGACGAGGCCCAGACUGGAGUCGGUCGCACAGGUCAAAUGUUCGCAUUCCAACAUGAGGACGGAUUUGUCCCUGACAUCCUCUGCCUGUCCAAAACACUUGGCUGUGGCCUACCUUUAUCCUCAAUUAGCACAUCCGCAGACAUUGAGAAAGGGGCUAACGAUGCGGGCUUCCUCUGGCUGACCACCCAUUACAACGACCCGUUGCCAGCGGCGGUUGGUAACAAGGUCCUUGACAUUGUCGAGCGAGACCACAUUUGCCAACGUGCAGCCGAACGUGGAGAGCAACUAUUCCAGGGCCUCCUCGCACUACAAAGGAAGUAUUGGUGCAUUGGUGACGUCCGUGGGCGUGGUCUGUUGCAGGGCAUUGAAAUCAUCUCAGAUCCAGCCACAAAGGCCUCAGGCGCCGCCCUUGGUCAGACAGUCUCGGAUCGGGCGCUGGAGCUAGGACUCUCAUGCAAUAUAAUUACAUACCCGGGGAUGGGCGACGUGCUUCGAUUGGCACCUCCGGUUACUAUCACGGCGGAGGAAAUCGAUGACGCGCUCAGAAUUUUCGACGAGGCGUUCGCCUAUGCUCUGAAUGAACAUGGACUGUGCAACUAG